AUGACGCGAAAUGAUAUAGCCAUUUGUCUAUAUGGAGAUCGACUUGUACCGAUUCGAAUGUUAAAUUUAAAGGAUAAAAAUAUGACAGGUAAUAUGCUUCGUUUCAUUGCUAUUAAUCUAUUACGAGCACGUGAUAUGAAUGUCACACUUAUACAUGUAAUAUCAAAAUAUGGAAAUCUUCAUUCAAGCUAUCCAACAUUUGUUCAAUGUUGUCAAAUAAAAUUUGUUCGUAUUGAUGGAUGGUCUGUAACAGAGUUAUGUCCUUAUUUGUUAUCAUAA